UCACUUCCAAAACAGAGUGAAUGCAAGUCUAAGCUUGACAAUGAUCGGUGGAUUGUUUUGUUACAAUCAUAAGGGGGAGGUCCUGAUCUCUAGAGUCUACAGGGAUGAUAUUGGACGAAAUGCUGUGGAUGCCUUUAGGGUUAAUGUCAUCCAUGCUAGGCAGCAGGUGAGGUCCCCAGUGACCAACAUUGCCAGGACCUCGUUCUUCCACAUUAAGAGGUCCAACCUCUGGCUUGCCGCGGUCACUAAACAGAAUGUAAAUGCCGCGAUGGUUUUCGAGUUCCUGUUAAAGUUUGUUGAGGUGAUGCAGAACUAUUUCGGGAAGAUCUCCGAGGAGAACGUUAAGAACAACUUCGUCCUCAUCUACGAGCUUCUCGACGAAAUCGUCGACUUCGGAUACCCCCAGAAUACUGAUACCGGGGUACUGAAGACCUUCAUUACUCAGCAAGGUGUAAAGUCCGCAAGCAAGGAGGAGCAGGCCGCCAUCACCAGCCAGGUGACAGGACAGAUUGGUUGGAGGAGGGAGGGUAUCAAGUACAGGAGGAACGAGCUGUUCCUUGAUGUACUGGAGUACGUUAACCUACUCAUGUCUCCACAAGGACAGGUGUUAUCUGCCCAUGUAGCUGGUAAAGUAGUGAUGAAAAGCUACUUGUCUGGAAUGCCUGAAUGUAAAUUCGGUAUCAACGACAAGAUCAACAUGGAUACGAAGGUUGGUUGUUCAAUCUAAAUCCUAAUCUGGGGGGGGGGGGCUUGGGAAACCAAAUUUGGAAUUUUUUGACAUGUGCAAUCACAUGACUGACUUCUGUGCACACAGUGUGUGAAAUUAAGCAAGUUUGAGACCGAGCACGCCAUCAGCUUCAUUCCACCAGACGGGGAGCACGAGCUUAUGAGAUACAGGACUACCAAGGAUAUCUCUCUUCCGUUCCGUGUUAUUCCUCUUGUACGGGAGGUGGGAAGAUCUAAGCUUGAAGUGAAGGUUGUUGUAAAGUCAAGCUUUAAACCAAGCCUGCUUGCACAGAAGAUCGAGAUCCGUAUUCCGACUCCAUUGAAUACUAGUGGAGUUCAACUUAUCUGUAUGAAGGGCAAGGCUAAGUAUAAGGCGAGUGAGAACGCCAUUGUCUGGAAGAUUAAGAGGAUGGGCGGCAUGAAGGAAUCCCAGAUUUCGGCUGAGAUUGAGCUUCUGCAAACCGAUACCAAAAAGAAGUGGACUCGACCGCCGAUUUCAAUGAACUUUGAGGUUCCAUUUGCACCAUCGGGAUUCAAAGUUCGAUAUCUCAAGGUAUUCGAGCCCAAACUGAACUACUCUGACCACGAUGUGAUCAAAUGGGUUCGAUACAUCGGUAGAUCUGGCCUCUAUGAAACACGAUGCUAAACAGUGAACUCAGUGUUCGUCAUCAAGCAGAAGCCGAAUACAAAACGCAUUCCGAGUUUUUAGCCUGAAACCAAAAUCGCAAUAUUGUGCAUUUUAAUUUUCUCCUCUUUCUAGAGAAUAGGAUAGAUGUAAAAUGUGAAUUUAGAUCUUUUAAACGUAAUUUCUUGUCUUAAAAAUAUUAUUAAUAAUUAAAAAUAUCAAUUA